AGAUAAAAAAACUCACACUAUUUCUAGGUCCCUGAGUUUAAGUUUUAGGUAAAAAAAAAAGAUGUAAAAUAUAUUUUGUUGACAAACGAUGAGUGAUGUAAGUGAACACGAAAGUGAUAGUGAUACUGAAAAGGAGUCAUCAUCAUCAACAGCAAAGAAAGAAGAUACUACAACAGAAUUAUCAACAAAUAUUGUCGAAGAAUUAAAAAAGCAAGCAGAAGGAGCACAGUCAACACAAGAGCAACCAGCAUGGGAAAAAUAUAUGCAACAGAAUGAACAGACAGGACAGUACACCUACACUGAUCCGAAUGAUGGUACGGUGUAUGAAUGGGAUCCUGAGAAAAGAGGAUGGAUACCAAAGAUAGACGACGAUUUCAUUGCCAUGUACCAAGCCAAUUAUGGCUUCAACGCGGCGGGCGAGCCUGACCCGAAUGUGAACGUUCCAACCGCGCCUGCUGAAGAGGCAUGUAAAGAGGAGAAAAAAAAGAAAGUAGAAGCAGACGAUGAAAAGGGUAAGAAACGCAAACUGGAGGAACCGAAAUGGUUUGAUGCUGAUCCGAAAAACGAUAACAAUGUUUACGUUGCUGGUCUCCCUCUUACAACAACAGAAGAAGAGUUUGUGGAGUUGAUGUCGAAGUAUGGAAUCAUAAUGGCGGACGACCAAGGCAAGUUAAAAGUAAAGAUGUAUAAAUCUGCGGACGGUCAGUUUAAAGGUGAUGCACGUUGUUGUUAUCUCAAGCACGAAUCUGUUGUACUGGCGUGUGAAUUGUUAGAUGAAAAUGAUUUCAAUGGAUCCAAAUUAAGUGUUGAAAAGGCUGUAUUUCAGUUAAAAGGUGAAUUUAAUCCAGCGUUGAAACCAAAAAAGAAGAAGAAGAAGAAGAAGAAGGGUGGACAGGAAAAGUUGUUAGAUUGGGUUGAUCGUCCAGCUAAACGAAGUAAAUUCGACCGUAUUGUUAUAUUCAAAAAUAUGUUUGAGUGUAAAGAAUUUGAGAAAGAUCCUACUCUCAUCAAUGAUUUGAAGGGCGAUUUACGAUCUGGCUGUGAGAAGUUUGGAGAAAUCAAGAAAGUACUGGUGUUUGAUCGAAAUCCUGAAGGAGUGGCUUCGAUUUUAUUUCACGAACCUGAAUUUGCUGACAAAUGUAUCGAGGCGAUGAAUGGAAGAUUUUAUGCUGGUAGAACGAUAAGCGCUGAAACGUACGACGGUGUAACGAAUUAUCAAGUCGAAGAAACAGAGGAAGAGUUUGAGAAACGCGUAAGCGAGUGGGAACGAUUUAUCGCAGAAGACGAAGAAAAAACGACGGAGUAGAGUUUCCUUACGUGUGCUUUCGUGUUCUAUCUUCAGAUGUGAUUCAUGCUAUUUUAUUCCUGUUUGCGCAUAAAUUUUUAACAACAUUUUUUUCA